AUGCUCCGCGUUCUAUCGCUGCAGAGGGCAGGCCGGCUCUCCCGCCCGCUCAGGCCAGCUCUCCCGCUGCGGUGCAACUACUGCUCCCGUGCGCCAUCGCCGCCCUCAAUCAACAGUGCAGAGACGGCCUCAAAGAUCGCACGCUGGUCGCUGCGGCUCAACGCGGACAACACAUUCCUCAGCUACCACCGCAACGCUAUUAUCGCCACCGUGGCGGGCGCCGCGAUGGUGCAGUACCGUAAGGGAGAGGGCCGGCCGCCGCUCGCGGCCGCCUGCCUCUUUGCCAUCGGAGGCAUGUACAUGUACGUUGGCUCCUUUGUGUACGUGCUGCAGGCGUGGCGGCUGCGGACCACGCUGUCGGACACGCCCUCGUGGCUGCUCAACGCGCUGGCGCGAGUGGAGAGGCGGCUGCCCACCGCAAUCCACCGCUCUCUCUUCCUGCAGCCAGAGUCUCUGCGGCCGGUCGUCUCCCUGCUCGAGGUGGUGCACGCGCACGAGAGCAAGCGGCUGCAGAGCGGCGCCAUCGGCACGGCUGCCGGCGACACUCUGCGGACGGCGUGCGCCAUUGGCAAGGCGUACCGGAACGUCGCCGCCGACGGCAAGCGGGUGCGCUCCUACCAGGAGAUCGACCGAGAGCGGCGCCGCACCUCUCGGCGGGCGCUGCCCGAGUCCGGUCCGGGCGACGCGCGCGACGAGAUGGCGGCGAAGCGCGAGAUGAGCGCCUCCUUCGGGGUGGUGCUCUCCGACCUGGACUACGUCGCGAUCAUCUGGCUCCGGCUCGGCCGCAUCGCCGCGCUGCACGCGCAGCUGGCGCCGCUCGCCUCCUCGGCCAAGGUGGUGACGACCGAGGACGCGAUCCCGCUCGUCGAGGCGGUGAGCGAGACGGCGGACCAGCUCGAGAUCGCCCUCGAGGCCGAGACGAAGCGGAUCCGCGACCAGUCGCUGCUCCGCUCGUUGCUGCCCGAGGCCCGCCUCGAGGAGGAGCUGACCGCCGUGCGCGCGCUCAGCCGGCGGUGCGAGGCGGUGCGGCACGAUGUCGGCUCGCGGACCGACGGCUGGAUGGACGGCCAAUCGCGAGUCCCGGACGAGUGGCAUCGGCCGGUGGAGCGGCUGGACAUGGGAGGGGAGGAGGAGGCCGUCAAGAGCGCUCUGCUCACCUCGUGA